AUGGCUGCCAUCCGGCUUCGAGAAUUUAUUGACCGCCGCCCAGUGAUCCCACCCAGUAUAUUCAUCACUCAUCAGGGAAAGGACGUCCGAGGAUAUUACCCCGGGCAGCUGGCUAGAGUCCAUUUUGAUUCUAGUAUGAAGAGACACCCCAGACAUUCAAAGCCUGCUGAACCAUGGUAUAAAGAAACCACCUACCAAAGAGACUAUUCUCUGCCAUUUUACAAGAUCGAUUGGGACCAGAAAUUAGCCACAAUUUCAUCUAAUCCUAGACCACUAAAUUCACUGCCAGAGUUCUACUGUUGUGAAGACAGGCUGCUUUGA